AUGAACUACCUGCUGGACACCAACAUUUGCAUCUACCUUAUCAAGCGCAAACCGCCUGAAGUGCUCCAACGCUUUCGGCAAUUGCAACCCGGCAGUGUUUUCAUUUCAUCCGUGACCACUUCGGAGCUUUACUACGGUGCGCAAAAAAGCCAGCGGGUACAAACCAAUCUCGAAGCCCUGAACAAUUUUCUGUUGCCGUUUCGUAUUGUGGAUUACGAUGAAUCCGCUUCCUUCCUGUAUGGCGAACUGCGUGCUGAUCUGGAAAAACGCGGUCAGCCAAUUGGGCCGCUGGAUAUGAUGAUUGCUGCCCAUGCGCUGAGUUUGGAUGUGCCGUUGGUGACGAAUAACACCAAAGAGUUUGAGCGGGUUAAGGGAUUGAGGCUGGAGAAUUGGGUGGAGUGA